UGCCUGGUGACCUCUGAUCUCCCUUGUAUAAGUUGUUAGCUUUCAUAAUCAUCACACAACAUCAAUCCAUUUCUGAUUCCACACAUUCAUCUGAAAAAUUAAAGACUCAAGUUUCAUUUGGACCACAUUUAAUUAGUCCAGAAUCAAGUUUGGUGAUUACAAAUUACAAUCUUUUGCAGCCCUUUCUUGAUUCAUUCAGAAACACGAAGCUUGGCGAUAAUCAAGUAGACGAAAAUGGAAGCUCAACGCAUUAGCAACCCUACGAGAAAAUUACUGCUUAUGCUAAGCAUCAUUUUAGUAACCGUCGGGGCAUGCGGCGGUCCGUUGAUCAUGCGUCUCUAUUUCCUCCAUGGAGGCAAAAGAAUAUGGUUAACAGGGUGGCUACAAACUGCAGCAUGGCCUCUCAUUCUCAUCCCACUUGUAGCUUCGUAUUGCAAUCGUCGCAAGAAACCCGAAGGAGGCUCCCCUACCAAACUAGUCCUAAUCGAUCUUCGGACGCUCAUAUCAGGAGUAAUCAUCGGUUGCCUAGUCGGCUUAACCAAUCACUUGUAUUCCUUUGGCGUCGGGCACUUGCCCGUGUCAACCAACUCCCUCAUCCUUGCGACUCAGCUAGUUUUCACCGCAUUUUCAGCUUUCAUUCUCGUCGGCCAAAAGUUCAAUGCGUAUACGGUAAACGCCAUAGUGCUGUUGACACUGGGAUCGGUGGUUUUGGCAAUUCAUGCUGGGAGUGAAAGACCAAAGGGUGAGAAAAAUAAGACGUAUGUUUUGGGGUUCAUUUUGACAUUUGCAGCUGCAGCUUUGUCUGGGUGUCUCCUACCUUUGAUUGAAUUGACGUACAUGAAGGCCAAGCAGGCAAUCAGCUACACCUUGGUGAUGGAGUUUCAGUCGGUGGUGUGCAUUUCUGCCACGGUUUUCUCAGCUGUCGGGAUGCUAGUCAACAAUGACUUCAAGGAAAUUUCCCAAGAGGCAAGAGAAUAUCAACUGGGAGAAACAAAAUAUUACUUGGUUCUAGUUUGGUGUGCCAUUGUUUGGCAAUGUUUCACGGUGGGAUUCACUGGAAUAAUCUUCUGUGCUUCAUCUUUGUUCUCCGGAAUCAUGCUCGCCGCUUUACUUCCAAUCACAGAAGUAUUAGCCGUCAUUUUCUACCAUGAAAAGUUCCAGGCAGAGAAGGGCAUCGCUCUAGCCCUCUCUCUUUGGGGCUUUAUUUCGCACUUUUAUGGUGCUAUCAAGCAUGGCAAGAAGCAGCAAAUUCCAGAAGCAGCUGCUCCCUGAGUUUCGGGUUUGUUUGUGCUGUAUUUCUCAAGAGUCUAAUUAUUAAUUAAUUAAUGUACAAUAAUCCAAAAUAUACUGUUGUUAUCUUCACUUAAGAAUUGGUGUACGUCAAGUCAAGGGAUCAUAUAAUUUACUUUGAGGGCAAUAAUGUGAACAUUCAUCGUCAAGGGAUC